CAAGGAAAAGCUAGUUGUUCAGUGUCAGUCCAAGUUUGCAAUACUCCCUGGUCCAGUUGUGAUCAUCUGCAUCUGAUAGCAACAUGAAAGCCUGUGCGCCUGUUGUCAUGAUUCUUCUUAUCUUUGCCUUCUGCUCCCAGGCCUCCUCUACUCCAGUGGGUUCUGACAUUCCAACCUCCUGCUGCUUCUCCUACACAAGCCGCAAGCCCCCACGUAACUUAGUGGUGCAGUAUUACAGGACCAACAAGAAGUGCUCCUGGCAAGCUGUUGUGUUUAUCACCAAAAAAGGCCGUGAAAUUUGUUCUAACCCUGAAGACUCAUGGGUUCAAAAGUACGUGAACAGCCUGGAACAGAACUGAGUAGUGCAGGGACUGAAAAAAAACUGAAAGCAUUAUUAUUCCUAUCAAUUACUUGCCCUUUGGGAGCACCUGAGAGUCCCAGCAUGGACUGGAACCUGAAUGGCGCACACAAAGAGAAUAGUCUAAUGACAGAUUUCACUGAGUGCCUUGUGACAGGCACAAUGCAGGGCCUUGCUUCAUGACACCCCAAUCAAGAUUACUGCUAUCCACCCACUUGAAAAAAAAAGAGAAACCGUGGAAUUUAGAUGCUGUUUAAAACUAUUUAAGAAAUGCAGCCAGUGCAAAUGAUAUUUUUCUAUUGCUACUACUCUUAUUUAUGGGGCCUUUGUAGGCAGGAUGCCUGAGCUGACUCGCUGUGACUGUCACAUGCCUGUGGCUGUUAAAUGGAUUUUCUACCAGACAGAGUGUUUGUGCUGUGAUUCUUAUCAAUUAUCUGGGCUUGUUGACAAUGUAGUGUGGAAAGAUGAU